UCAUUAGGAAAAUGCGCAGCAGAUCCUGUAGGUAUGAACGCGCCUUUAAGUAGGAAACCAAAAGCCAAACCCGGGGGAGGUUACAGGCAGGUUACUAGAAGCAGAGAAUUUCCUGCUGCCAGAAAUGAAAGUGAAAGACAGAAAAAGUGCAGAUGUCACAAACAAGAGGAGAGGGACGAGACGUCUGAGGGAGUUACAGAUAAAGCUGCCACCGUGAAAAGACCAAGAUGGCGUCUGAACAAAUUGAGAUAGGGCCUGAUGGAGGGGCCGCGGUGAGGAUGAAGAUAACACUGCGCACUCAAUGCCCUAGACAGACGCAGGAAUGGUAUGUACAUGAUGGGAAAGAGGACGAAGAAGAAUUCCUUAGAAAGGAGAUUGAGAAAUACAAGGAGAAACAUAUGGCCCUAAUCGAAGAUAUUGCUAAACUGGAGAAGAAGAAGGAAGAAGCGGAGUCGAUUGCUCAGAAGUUUCCAGUCAGAGCAGAAAAAGAAGAGAGAAAACUGAAGGAGAGUGCAGAGGAUCUGCGGGAUCAGGAUCAGAAGUUUCAGCAGCUUUUUAGUAAACCAAAGGACAGUAUGGAAAGAAAGAGACUUCGAGUUGAUGGAAUUCCGACUGACAUUCCAACUUCACGUGUUAAGGAUAAACUCACUAUUCAUUUCUUCAGGAGUAAAUUUGGAGGAGCAGAAGUGAAAAACAUAGAAAUUGUCCAGGAAGCUGCAGCUUAUGCCAUUGUAACAUUUGAAGAUGAUCAAGUAACGGAAAAUGUCCUGAAAAUUAAAGAUCACACUUUACAAGUCAGUGACAAAAUAUACAACCUAGUGGUCAGCGAGGUUAACGGAAACGUUGACCUAGACGAGUUGUUUGAAAACAUGUCAUUAAAAGUUAAUUAUAAAAAAUUCCCAGAAAAGUAUCAAAGUCUUCUCACGAACCUAAUGGAGACGCAUAAAUGUGCAACGUUUGACUUUGAUGAAAAAUCUAUGACGUGUACUAUAAGCGGGCCAUAUGCAGAGGUCCAGAACACGGCACAAGAAAUCUUAAGUAAAUUACAUAUUGUUCAUACAAACCAGAAGCAGAUCUCAUCAGAUAGUCAAAGGAAGGCCAUGAUUGAGCUCAGUAAAAAUCAUCCAGAACUACCACAAGCCUUGGAUCACCCACAUGCGCCUCUUUCUGGGACUACAGUUAAGAAAACAUGUAGUGAGAAGGCAAAAACCCUUGAGCAAUUACAAGAACCUUUAAUAUGGGAAACUGACAUCUUCAAAUACAUGCAACAAUUCCACUUGAGAGAAUAUCAGGAUAUACAGAAACGCUAUCACAUUCUUGCAGUGGAUGAAAAUUAUAAUGAGGUCACUGAAAUUUAUCUUGAGACUGAAAGCGGGGGUAAACCCCAUCUGGGAGACUUCAAAUGCGCACAAUCCGAACUCAUGGUGCUUUAUCGAGGUUUGGAACUACUACUUCACAAAGAGCAAAUAAAGAAAAGUAUGUACAGAGACCAACAGUUUUAUGAUUCACUGACAACAGACCUCAAAAAACUGUUUCCUAUGCUUCAUUUUCAUGCAGAUGACCGCAAACUAUACCUGAUCGGAUAUGGCGUUGAUGUAUCUGAUGCCAAACGGUACAUCUUGGAAUUACACACAAAGGUUGAUAGAAUGCCAGGUAAUCUAGACAAACAAUUUGGGGCAAGUAACAUAUCAACAGAAUUGCCACAUUCCCCGUCCCCCACUAAGAAGCACCAAUGCAGUGUUGGAAGCAGGAUUUCUGCCUUGUGUAAUGCUCCCACGACACAAAGCUUAAAUUCAGCAAAGAGCCAUGUGGAUGAGGAACACCUGGUAUCAUCGACCAGUCCUAGAAGACUGCCCCAAGAUCGUGAGAAUGAUCUCAGUGACACUAUAUCUUUCAAAUCCAACAUGGCAGAUGACCUUCAGAAAAAUGAAGCUGCUAGUUGUUCACGGCCCGAUGAAAAAUCUGACAGCACAGCCAUGCCAUCUGUAAAAAGACAAGACGUGCUCCCAGCCCUUGUGAGAGGUGAUUUAGGAAAUAGUGGAGCCACCCCUAAACCUACAGGUAUACUCAAACCUAUCCAGAUUACUAAAGCAUCAAGCGAGUUACCUUACCUGAGGCUAGUGGACAUUAGUCCUCCUUGUGCAGACUUUUCGGUUGCAGAAUUAAAACCUCGAAGAUCAAAUAGUCUAUCCCGUGUUUAUUCCAAAGGGAGGACCUCCACCGAACCACACAGUGAUACAUUAGUGUUUAAAGACGAAGUUAACGUGACCCACUGGCAGUGGUAUUAUAUUACACAGAUCUGUAAAUCUGACCUUGAUAUGUGGUGUUCUAAGGUAGAGUUAACAAGUGAAAUAAAGAAAAACGGCAAAGUUGCCUUAAAGAUGAAGUCACUUAAUAAAAAAAAAGUAGCUACAAUAAAAGAAAUGAUCCAACUCUUAAGUUGGAAGUUAGACAUAAGAAUCACCCACUCUCACUUUGACUAUGCUUCACUUGGGGUGCAAGGCCCAGAGGACGAAACAUUAACUGAAUGGUGUGAUCUGUUCCGAAAAUGUUCCAGAGAACUUUCUGUUAAGCUAGAGAAGGAUAAACUGGUUCUCCUCUAUCCCAAAAAAAUUCAGACAGAUGUGCUAGAUGCAUACAGGCAGCACAGAGAGCGUAAGAUAAAGUCAUCUGGGGAUGCUACCAUGCCCGACAUUAGACAAGUCUCUUUACAGGACAGAUUUGAGUCUUCUGCCACUGAUGGGGGCGAAGAUUAUAUUACAGAGCGUAAGCAAAGCUUGACGCACAAACAGCGUACCAAACCAAAGCAAGAAGAUAUACCUUUUCUCUUAGGAGGUGAAGAGAUGGACGAAGAAAAGAAAUAUAUAGUAAGCAAACAUCUGGCAGAUGAGAGGUAUGCCCUGCUUGCUGGAACAGAACCAUUCCAGGUCAUCUCUGUUGAACAUGAAGCAUUCAUUAAACCAGUACCAGAAACCCUAGAUAAAAAGUCUACACACCCCCAAAAACUUAGGGAUUUCCCUGAGGACACACAAAACAGGUCAACAUCAGAGAAGACUGAUUACUACACCCUGACAGAAACAUUUGCUCGUAGUCCUUAUACCAGUAAUUUAUUAACGCAAGGCAUUGACGUCUCUCCACGAAAUGUCCCGGUCUUAUUGGAACCACAUUAUGGUGAGCAGGGUAUCUCCACAGAGGAUGGCGUAGUGCAGUACCAGGGCAGCUCACCUCAGCUAUGGACACCCGCAGUAGGCCAAGAGUCAGAUAUGACUAGUUCCAUCUGUGGUAAUUGUAAGAACAUCGGCAAAACUGUUCAGACAUCGUCCGGUCAGAUGCAGUGUGUUAAAUGUUUUGCUACAUGUGUCAUAACUGCACUUAAUGAAGCAGCAAAAGCUCCUCUAAUAGCAUCCAUGAGCCAUACAGCCAUGAGCCUGAGAUUACCCGGGUACGAAGGAGAUACCUCUUUGAAGAUAAUUUAUAAAGUUGCAGAUGGAGUGCAAGGGGCUGGAGAUCCUCAACCAGGAUGCCAAUACAAAGGUGGCAGGUUUGAGGCAUACCUGCCGGAUAAUCGAGAGGGGAGGAAGCUCCUUUCUCUGCUCCAGCGAGCCCUGGAUCAAGGCCUCAUUUUUCACGUCAAGUCAUUUGCAGUGGGAGAAGAAGUCACAUGGUACAAAAUCCCUCAUAAAACCUCCCCAGAUGGAGGAAAGGCAAAGAAUGGAUACCCAGAUUUGACGUACGUGAGAGAUACUAUUGCUCUACUAUACCAAUAUGGAAUUGACUAAGAAGCCAGAGAGAUGGAGAACGCAGAACAUGGCGUCUAUAGAUACUGACCAACUGCCCAAUAACUAAUCACUUAUGUUUUGGUUAGGAUGUAACUGGAGGAAAUCCCUAGAGGUCCUUAGACCAUUUAUUUGAAGUUUAACUAUAUAAUGUUUAGCAAAACAAGUUGUGUUGAAAUGUUAAAACAUUCUGUUUGUUAUAGUUGACUGAAGAAUUGGUGAUGGGUCCAGGAGCUGGAAAGUCAGUGGAACACCGCUCCAUGCCAUUGAUACUUAUAGGUACCUUCACAAGUUAUUUGUUAUUUCAGUGGACAGGCACCGCACAACCUGUAGAGAACAUGGUACGGGCACCCAUUCAAGAUUAGAAGGUGUCAGACACCCACCAAAUGGGUGUGUAUAUAAUAUGGUGAUGGUCAAAUCCCUCGUGGCAUCAAACUACCUCAAUGACCAUGUACAUCUCCUUUCUGCAGAAAAUGAA